UACGGCCAAUCACAGCACACGUCGCGCUGCAGUGGGCGGAGACGCGGCCCAGCGCUGCUGUAACACUAUCGAGCCUUUCGAAUCCAGAAAACGGACAGAAUCGACAAGAAAACAGCGAAAAAAGAGCGAGAAACGAUCCCCAGCAGGAGCAUUAGCUGACCUGCAGUCAUGGACCCGUCUUUACCUCCAGACCCAAUCCCAGACGCACUCGCAGAGCCCGAACCCUCUUUAGACAUGACUCCACAAGCAGACUCUGCCCAGGAUUCACCUGUGGAAAACACCUCAGAUUCGAAUCCGCAGCCAUGUGAGGAACCAGUUUCGGUUUCAGUUCCAGCCCAGGAACCAUCUGCAGAACCAGCCCUGACCCCAGAAAUAAAGCCAGAACCAUCUGCAGCAGAAAUUACACCAGAACCACAGAUCCAAGCUCCAGCACCUCCUCCACCAGCGAACUCCUCCUACAAGAUCAUGACCUUCAGACCCACCAUGGAGGAGUUCAAGGACUUUGGAAAGUACAUGGCUUAUAUUGAGAGCCAAGGAGCUCAUCGAGCUGGUCUGGCAAAGGUUAUUCCACCGAAGGAGUGGAAGCCACGGCGUUCCUAUGAUACCAUUGAAGACAUGGUCAUUCCCGCUCCCAUCAUGCAAGUGGUGACGGGCCAGUCAGGACUCUUUACUCAAUACAACAUCCAGAAGAAGUCCAUGACAGUCGGAGAAUAUCGCAAACUGGCCAAUAGUAAAAAGUACUGCACCCCUCAACACAAGGACUUUGACGACCUGGAAAGGAAAUACUGGAAAAACCUGACGUUUGUGUCGCCCAUUUACGGUGCCGACAUCAGCGGCUCCCUCUACGACCCGGACAUCACGGAGUGGAACAUCGGCCAUCUGAACACUCUUCUGGACAUGGUGGAGCAGGAGUGUGGGAUCGUCAUCGAGGGUGUGAACACACCUUACCUGUACUUCGGCAUGUGGAAAACCACCUUUGCCUGGCACACAGAGGACAUGGACCUCUACAGCAUCAACUACCUACAUUUCGGGCAACCAAAGUCUUGGUAUGCAAUUCCUCCCGAGCACGGCAAGAGGUUGGAGAGGCUGGCGCAAGGUUUCUUCCCAGGAAGUUCUCAGGGCUGCGACGCGUUUCUCCGUCACAAGAUGACCCUCAUUUCUCCAUCGAUCCUGAAGAAGUACAGCAUCCCCUUUGACAGAAUCACUCAAGAAGAGGGCGAGUUCAUGAUCACGUUCCCGUACGGAUAUCACGCCGGAUUCAACCACGGAUUCAACUGUGCCGAAUCCACCAACUUCGCAACCCUGCGCUGGAUCGAUUACGGCAAGAUGGCCACGCAGUGCACGUGCCGUAAGGAUAUGGUGAAGAUCUCCAUGGACGUGUUUGUGCGCUGCCUGCAGCCCGACCGCUACGAGCAGUGGAAACAGGGGAAGGACGCCAUGGUCCUGGACCACCUGAAACCCACAAACCUCACCAGCCCCGAGCUGGAGCACUGGAGGAAAAACAGAGUCACAUUCAGAGAGAAGCUCCUGCGCAGAGCUCAGGCGAAGGUGAAGCAGUUCCGGCGUCUGAAGCUGGAGGAGGUGAAGAUUCUGGCGGACGAGGGCGUGGAGCUGGACAUGAGUGACUACAUGCGCAAGGUGGAGGAGCGCGAGGAGCAGCGGCGGCAGCAGCGGGACGAGCGGAUGGCGCGGGAGGCGCUGCUCACGCUGGAGGCGCUGGAGAGGGAGGAGCAGGAGCAGGCGGAGGCGGCGCUCCGGGGAGGAGCAGGUGAAGAUGGAAAAACGGAUUCGCAGGAUCCUCCGCCGGAAAAUGGAGAGAAGAAGAAGAAGAAAAAGAAGAAGCCGAAGCAUCCUGACGAUAUCUCCUUCCAGCAAGCUUUUGAGCAGUUCGCUUCAGUGAACGACAUGCAAACCCAGAAUAAUGGAGCCGCUCCUCUGUCCGGCCUGCAGCCGAAUCCCUUCACGAAGCUGAAGAAGAAAGUUGAGGUGAAGAAGAGCCGAAGGCAUCCGUUCAGCAAGCCGCCCAUGCGCUCGCCUCACUCCAUAGUCAAACAGGAAGCCUCCAGCGAUGAGGAGCUGUACUCGGGGCUGCCAGUAGGUGGAGGCGUGGGUCCGGAGACCAAGAAGGACCUGUGGCAGAACCUGUGGCAGAACCGCUCGCCAAACUUCCUGGCCGAGAAGCAGUUCAACGCAGCCAUGGCGACCAUUGAGCCACACUGCGCCGUGUGCACGCUGUUCUGUCCGUACACGCAGCCUGCGAAGGACCCCUUCCACACCUCAGACACGUCCGGGCUGGUGUCCCGGGUCGGGUGUCGCACCCGUCCGCUGGUUCCAGAGAUGUGCUUCAGUGCCGGUGCCGAGAACACUGAACCCCUGCCGUCAAACUCCCACAUCGGUGACGACGGCACCAGCGUCCUGCUGUCCUGCAGCAGCUGCGGCCUACAGGUCCAUGCAAGUUGUUACGGCGUCAAUCCCGACACGAAACAGGAAGGCUGGAUGUGUUCUCGAUGCUCCUCGAUGGAGUGGACAGCAGCCUGCUGUUUGUGCAGUUUAAGAGGAGGAGCUUUGAAGAAAACCACAGAUGACAGGUGGGUUCACGUGAUCUGUGCCGUCGCUGUGGCCGAGGUUCGUUUCGUCAACGCUGUGGAGCGAGAGCCUGUGGACGUCACCGCCGUCCCCGACACCAGGAAGAGUCUGAAGUGCGUCUACUGCCACAAGACGACUAAGCAGAUCUUCGGCGCGUGUAUCCAGUGCUCGUUGGACAACUGCUCCACGUCCUUCCACGUCACCUGCGCCCUCCUCGCCGGAGUCGUCAUGAAGCCGGCCGAUUGGCCGUAUGUGGUGUCUGUCACCUGCCACAAACACAAACAGACCAAUCAUAAGGUCAAAAGCGGCUCCCGCGAGUUGUCUCUGGGUCAGGAGGUCAUCGGGAGGAACAGCAAUGGUUGGUUCUAUCGCUGCACCAUCACCGGCAUCGGCACGCAGAACUACUACGAAGUCAACUUUGACGACGGCUCCUACUGUGAUAACGUCUUCCCGGAGAACCUGCUGAGUCACGACUGCCUGCGGAACGGCCCUCCAGAACAGGGCGAAAUUGUGGUGGUCAAGACAAUCGAUGGACGGAUUCUCAACGCGUCUUUUGUCAAGGAACACGUCCACCGUUACUACCAGGUGGAGUUUCAGGACGAGACGCAGCUCUUACUGAAGCGCAGUGAGAUUCACUCUCUGGACCAGGAGCUGCCCAAGAGGGUCAUGUCUCGUCUGGCAUCUGUGAACCAACAGCAACCUCAGGCCCAAUCGUCAGACGAACCGCUGGCCGCAAAACGCCCGCGUCUGCCAACGCCGCCACCCACGCUAGCCAUCGAGCCCUCAGCACUACCUCCGGAAUUAGUCAGCGCUUUCCUGCCCGCUAGUAUUACUCCGAACACCAGCACUGCCCCUUGCUUGCCACCCGCCACACUUCCUGUCUCAGCGCCCACACUUCCUGCCCCGGAACCCAGCGAGAGUUUCACCCACAGCUCCAGCUACAUAGCCUACAUGGAGUCUCUCCUCAACACGGACUUUCCUCCAGACGAGGGCGAGCAAGGUGUUGAGCCGAUGUAUUGAAGCGCAGCUCUGCGCUAGCAGCUAUUCGUCAACGCUUACUGACUUUAAAUUCAUCCACUGCAUGUCUUUGUUUCAUUUAUUCGCUGUCGUGCUAAUCUGAGUCUCCCACCCAUGUACGGUGCGCGUGGGACGCAUGUGUGUCAUUAUAGACUGAAGCCGAAACGGACCCAGUACAGAGCCUUGGGGGACGCCACAUCCUUCGGACCCCAUUUCCACGAUCCCUCGCUCCGCCCCUUUCACGAAACGGCAGUUUUUCAGACGGAAUAAUCAUUUACUGUUUGUGCUGUUUACUUUAUACCUGAUUUUUUCUCUAACGAGUGCUAAAUAUUUUUCUAACAAGCCAAAACAUUACGCUACCCGGUCACAGAUCAAACACAGUCUAUAUCUGUACAGUUUCAGGUAUUUUUCUCUGUACUCAAGUGUUCGGGGGAGUCACUGGAAGUUUUAGCAGGGCUCAUGGGAUUUAACAAGUAUUUAAAUGUCUUUUGUCACAUAUAGAUUUAAUAUUUGUAUAAAGAAAAUCACAAUUAUGACAGCAUCCGAAGCUACGGUUUUCAGUUAGCGCACACAUGUGUUUGGAUAGAUUCGCGCAUCUUCAUGUAUUCUUCUAUCGACUAUAAUCAACGAUAAAGAGUUUUUCAGCGCCAGAUGAUUGGAUUUGUUUUUGUAGCAUACUUGGUAGAUGUUUAUAUGGAAUACUAUUCACCUUGUCUGUUUUUUUUUAUUAUUAUUAUUAUUAUAAUUACUGUUGUUAUGAUUUUUAUUUUUAUUGAUUUUUAUUUUGGUGAAACUUUGCAACAUAAUGUUGGAAUAUGGAAGAAAAAAAAAAAUUGAAUUUAUCCUUUCUAUUCAAGAGGUUGAAGUGGCGUACAUUUAAGCAUAUAGUCAUAGGUGAUGUUAAACAGAUACGCAAUCCGCCUUCUCAAGGUGCUAUAGAGGUCUUAGACUACUGAGGGGCGCUCCGGGUCACGUGACCCACGGUGAGGUGUACAUACUAGACUUCCUGCUCACGAAACUGAAAAUUCUUCAGUGUAACUUCUAGAGUCUUAUCAAAACCCAUGCCACAUUCAAAUAAAAGGGUCUGGUUGUCGCUUCGGAUUUCUUUUCUCCUUUUUGUUGUUUUGUCUUGUGAGACCUCCAUCGCCAGUACUUGCAGGUUUGUCGUCCAGAUAGCAUUGAGAAUUUGCUCCAACGGCCGCCCACUGGAUUCAUUCAGAGGCAAACGCUCGUAUGAGACACUCCGAGACCUUUCCAGACAGAGUCGCUUCGGCAUGCCAAAGAUAUCUGAGAAUUGUUCAAGACGCAGGAUAAAUUAAUGCAUUAAAUUCCCCAAAUUAAGACAUUAUUGCAAACAUUAAAUAGACAUUUCAAAAAAUGUAAUUGCAUUGACAACCCUUCUUUUUCUCAUCUCAUACUUCGUACUAUUAUUCCUCCUGCUUUCGUUUCGACCCGUUUGUUUUUUUUAAAUAAGAACAUGUUUUAUAAUCUCGGAGAUCAUGAAUCUUCAUGGACGAAGUGCGUACUGAGGUUAGAACCUCUCGCGCUGUUGCGAGCACAUUCCGUUUGAUGUGACGACCGUUGUUCUCGUCUCACGACUGAUUGUUUUCCACCUGUCAGUGACGCCUAAGGCCGCUCUAAGGCUAGACACAGUGUGUCCAUGGCAUUUGUACUCCUCUGUUCCUGAGGUUUCUGCCUUGCAUUAAAACAGAAACUUCACAAGAGGCAAGUUUAAUGAAAUAACCCACCGCAGCUUGCAUACUGAUGAUGGAAAAUGUUUAUCUGUUCAGAAGUAGGCCUACUAGGAAAGAUUCUAAUAAAAUGUGAAGUGAAACUGUG